AUGUUUUCUCCCGAAGAACAACAGAUGCAAAUAUGUUUGUUAAAAUCAAACUUGGAAGAAGUAGAGAACGACAUUGUAGUAACGAGGUCUGCAAUGCCAUCGUUGGAUGCGGAAAAUGAACAGAAAUACCAUAAAACGAUGAAUGCACUGCGCAUUUCGCGUUCUCUGAAUACGGAAAUAGAACGCCUGAAGUUAGAAAAUGUACAGUUAACAGCGAAGCGAAUGCAAUUAAAGCGGCAAUGCGAAACUGUGAGCGCAGCGCUUGAGCGCGCUCAGGAACAUCGAGGACUGUUGGACGAGUCGCUCCGACAGGAGCAGGGGUAUAGAAUACUGCCUACAAUAUCACAACACGUACCUAAUCCUCUAUCCGAUUACAAUGAGGACGAAAUAAACAACGAAACAGAAAUGAUAAAGAAUAUUAUCGCUGAGCUGGAAGCGGACGAGGUGCGUCGUCAAGACGACGUAAGGAAAUUGCAGCUUGAUGUCGAAGAAUUGAGAGCUAAUAUACCGGAGGAUAUACUUAAUUUUAUAGGUAAACAGGAGGUGGAGGAAAAAAUAAAGGCCCUCACAGACGAAAUAGAAACCUUAAAGAGCAAGAAAGAGCAUCUUCUGAAAUGCCGGGGAAACAUGGCUCAUUUUCUAACAAGAAUUCUCUAA